AAACGCUGCAGCCAGUCAAGUAAGUGUUCUGUUUACUUCAUUGGUGAUGAGGUGAGGCUGAAGCCGCAAGCUAGCUAGCCUAGCUAUAGUGAUAAGUGCCGGUAAGGAUGGAUGACAAAGGGCACUUGACGGGAGGUCUUAGUGACAAACCUUCUGAUUUGCGGCUGAAGGCAGCUGUUCAUUCUUACCUCUUCUGUAAAGCAGCCGUUACGUUUUUAUUAACGGCGUUAGCAAAUUAGCACGCUAAGCUAAGCUAGCUGCAGUGGGGUCGGGUUUCGGUGUGGUGUAAUAUGGCUGUUAUCGCAAACUCAGCUCUUGUUAUCGCUGGAAAAAUUUUCUGAUUCCGUUUAGUCGCUGCAAAGUGGACCGGGUCUCUUAAGGAAACAAGCUGAGUCUGCGUGGGGAAGGACCUUAAAAGUUACUGCUUGCGAAAUCGUGCGGCCUGGAAUGGAGCCAGGCGACUUGCGUGAAAGCCCCGCCGGUUCCGGGGAGUCUGAUGCGGGGGAAUGGGGGGAUGUUAUCCCCGGGGCGGAUGAGGAGGUCAGAGGUGCUGAAACUAAAGAAUCAACAGCUGAGACGUCGCUCAGGCACACCUGCGAGGAAGGUGAAAGCGGAAAACAAAAAAGCGGCGCGGAGCUGUUACGCAGUCCACACGAAGAAGAGCUGGAUCCCCGGAUCCAGGAAGAGUUGGAGCACCUCAAUGAGGCCAGUGCAGAAAUCAACAGACUGGAACUGCAGUUAGAUGAUGCCAGAUCAGGCUACCGGAAGAUCCUCACCGAGUCUGCCAGGAAGCUGAAUGCUCAGAGCUCUCAGCUGGGUAGCUGCAUAGAAAAAGCACGACCGUAUUAUGAAGCCCGCCGCCUCGCAAAGGAGGCACAGCAGGAGACCCAGAAGGCAGCUCUGAGCUACGAGCGGGCCGUUUCCAUGCACACAGCUGCCAGGGAGAUGGUUUACGUGGCAGAGCAGGGCCUGCUGGCUGACGGCAGGAACACUCUGGAUCCCACCUGGCAGGAGAUGCUCAACCACGCCACCGCCAAGGUAAAUGAAGCGGAAGAGGAGCGACUGCGCAGUGAGAGGGAGCACAUGCGCGUCACACAUGCCUGUCAGGAGGCCGAGGCUCGGGUCCAGAUGCUGCUCAAGUCCCUGAAGAGAGUCAUCCUGAAGUCCAAACCUUACUUUGAGCUCAAGGCCCAGUUCAACCACAUACUGGAGGAGCACAAAGCCAAAGUCCUGCAGCUGGAGCAGCAAGUGACCAAAGUGAAGACUCGCUAUUCCAUCGCCCUGCGAAACCUGGAGCAGAUCAGCGAGCAGAUCCACGCCCAGAGGGGGGGAGACCCGGCAGAGGGAGGACACCCCACGGUCUGCGCCGGGAGGAGCCCCCCUGUCGGAGCCGAGUCAGACACCAGGGUUCAGACGGAGGAUGGAGCCUGCGGUGGCAGCGCGAUGGGGAAAGAUCAAGCCGAUGCCGCCAUCCAGCUGGUGGAGCGAUACAAGGACAGCGAAAAGGAGAGGGAGCGAGCCGGGUCGGAUUCUCUCUCCGUGUUCAGCCUGCAGACCAUCGCUUCCGACCUGGAGAAAUACGACUCCAUCGAGCACCUCGGCGACCUGAGCGAUGUGGGCAGCGUAACUGGGGACGAAGGGGAGAGAGAGAGGGGGGCAGGGAUGAAUAAAAGAGACAAGCUGACAGAAACGAGUGCCAGAGAGCGCCAGCAACAGUUCUACAAGCAGCACCACCGAAGCUUCAGCUUGUGAACGGAUGCAGAGCCAAAAGGGAGGACGGCAGCUAAGUCUAAGACGGAGAAUUAGCUCAGACAGACCUGGAUGUAAAUACGCACAUUAUUAUAAGCUGAACACAGUCAACACUACAGAGACCCCCAGCUUCCAUCCCUUCAGGUUAACUGCAGCCAAAAUUCACUCCCUCUGAAGAUAGAAGUUGUUUCUGGAGCAGACGUGUUUAGAAAGUCAUCAUUUCUUACUUCUGAGGCUAAUUGCUGAUCUGAUUUGCUGAGACUGGUGAACCCCCCCCCCCCCUUCCAGUCACAUCAAGUCCCAUCAGCGCUGGCUGCAAGGUGGAGGCGCACAGGCCUCUCCAGACACGCUGAGAUCACUCAAAGUCAGGAAAGAUGACAAAAACCUUUCUCUGGUGCUGCAGAGUGACAGCAUGUAUUUAUCUCCUGGAACGUGCUGGAAGAGGCUGCAUCUGCAGCAGAGACAUGGGUUUUUUGAAUAUUCCUGAAGUAGACUUCAGUCUGAAAGCAUGCACCAAAACACAGAGGGAAAGUUUGGGAUGAAGAAGCUCCAUCAUGCUUGUGUCUUAAUGUAUCUCUCCCGAUUUGUGUUAUUUGGAUGUUGUUUACAUUGAUUCCCUUUUUGUUUGCCUUUAAAUGAGUUUAAAAAAAAAAGUGUGCCUUGACACUCAACAAGGUGAUCUCUCUCCAGACCUCUUCAGAGAACAAUCGAGAGACAUUUUAUAAUUUUUUAUUUUAAUAAUCCUGAAUUGGACUCCGUUCCUGACACUUGAAAGAUUUUUGAUUUUAUUUUUUUAUUUUCUGCUGCACUUUGUCGUCAGUCUGACUUGUAAAUGUCUGUAAUUAUCAGCCCUGGAAGAUAAUGUGGAAAGUUGUAUAGAUGUUCAGAUUACCUGCACAUGUAUUUAAAUAAUUGACACAGCUGAACUGAAACAUGCACCUCACCACCUGUGAUGCUGACAUCUUUACCCUCUGCUGUAACCCCCCCACCCCCACCCCCACCCCAAUCCAUCACCCAUCCUUUCAUUUGUCAUAGUAAUCAAUAAACAGAUCAUACCUCCCGGAA